AUGGCUUUGCUUAAUAUCGUCAUUGUUGGAGGAGGAAUUGCGGGUCUUGCAUCGGCAAUCGCACUUCGCGCACCAGGCCGCCACAUCACUGUUCUCGAGCAAUCUUCUCUGAAUCGUGAAAUUGGCGCUACUAUAUCACUCCAGCUCAAUGCAUCGACAAUACUGGAGAAAGGCUUCGGCAUGGGUGAAGUGUUGAAGAAUGCUGGAGCCUUGAAACUUGUGCGCAAGAUUCUUUUGACGUUGAAGACCGAAUACGGUGCCGAUCGUAUGAUAUACUAUCGCAUGGAUCUGCACGAUGCAUUGAGACUGGUUUCCUGUGAUCCAGAUGCUGGAUCAGUCACCCUGAAAGAUGGCACUGUCCUUCGAGGCGAUGUCAUCGUAGGUGCGGACGGCAUCAAGUCGAAUCUGCGCAAACACGUUCUAGGCCAUGAAGUUCAAGCACAGCCGACAGGAUUUUCGGCGUAUAGACUUAUGGUACAAACUUCAGAGUUGGAGGAAGACGAAGUAUUCUGCCAUUGGAACUGCAAGGGUGACUUCGACAUCUUGAUGAAAGGGUACGGAGAGUUCCCGAAUUGGGCCAAAGCUCCUUUCAAAGUUGCUGGAGACGAUAUAGGGCUCUGGCAGCCCAGGGACACAGAACCGUUGAGAAGGUGGCAUUCUGGACGUGUAAUUCUGAUCGGUGAUGCCGCACAUGCCAUGCUCCCGACGCAGAGUCAAGGUGCUAAUCAAGCGAUCGAAGAUGCAGAGGCACUGGGUGCGUUCUUCGCGGACGCUGACGAGACCAUAUCAAAGGAAGAAGCUCAAAAGCGGCCGCAGGAGAUUUACGAUGCUCGAUACGAGAGAGCCACAACAGUGCAGAGAUACUCUCGUGAAGCUGCCAGACCAGCGACAGACAAGGGGGCAACAGAGAUUAAGAUGAACCCAGCAGAAUUUAUGGACUAUAACUGCACAUACAACAGUGCAAAGGAUUGGGCAAGUCGGCAAACGAAAUCUGCAGGUGUGCAAGUAGUUUCGUAUUCAUCGGAAGCAUGA